UCACGCGAUGGCAUUCGUUAUCACUCAGAAAAAUUCAAUACUCUUGCAGAGAGAAACAUCUCCGAACAGUGAUCUUUGACUCGUGGGGAAGUGUAAUAUGGAGCAAGACCUCAAACAAGGCAAAUCCAAUCUCAGUCCUUGCCCCAAUUCAAUUUCUCAUAAAAAAGAAUCUCAUUGAAAAAAGAAACAAAUCAUUUAACACCAUGCUUCAGGAAACCUACCUAGUAUUAUCUGCCACUGGAAGACAGGGAAGUGCAGUGGUCGAUGCUCUCAUAGCGAAGAAUGCCAACAUUUUUUGUAGCUCUCGCCAACCGGAAUCAUUGAAGAAAAAAAGAGGUUAGUAGUAUUUUUGGUCUUGACUUCCAAAUAAUCGUACUGGGCACCUUGUACUAUUGUAAAAACUCAUCGCCUUUUAAAAUUUUGCGUACUAUAUUUACUGGUCUCAUUACUGUCUAUGAAUGUGAUAAAGGAGAUGCAGUCUCUGUGUUGAGAGCUGAUAUGAAUGACACCGCAAGUAUUGUUGCAGCCCUUGAUGCAUCAAAAGCAACGAGAGUUUGGUUCACAACCGACUUUUGGUCCCUCUCGAAGCCAACCCGUGCGAAGGAGGCGAAACUUGGUUACAACGUUGUGGAUGCUAUCAAACAGCGUUCAAACCAAGUGAAACAUGUUGUUUACAAUUCUGGAGCUGGAGCCGAUGCCGCACCUACCAAGAUGCAAGAAUUUUGGAGCAAGGUAGACGUCGAAAGAUAUAUGGAAAAAGAGCUCGGCCCUUUGAAAAUCACUUGGUCGGUCUUGCGACCAGUCGCUUUCUUGGAAAAUCUGGAUGAUCAGAAAAAUGGAAACCCGCUGAAAAAGGGAAAAAUUAAAAUGCUUACCAAGCCUAACAUCGCAGUCGAGUACAUCAGCUGUAAAGACAUUGGAAAAGGAAGUGCUGAACUCCUAAUGCAUCCCGAACUAUAUGCAGGACAAAAGAUUGAUGCUGCUACUUGCGAGCAUACUGGGCCCGAACUUGCUGACAUUCUUUCUGAAGUCUCUGGAACGACGUGCACGUAUUCGAUGUCGGUACCGAGAGUAAUUCUGUACUUGUUUGUUCGCCAGCUGUAUUAUUUGGUAACUUGGAUUGAGCAAGGUGGGUACGAUGAGACGGACAUUGAUGCAUUCAAAAAAGUCGUACCUGAUUGCCAAGACGCGAAGGCGUGGUUUUCCGCCAAAGGUAAAUGGGCGGACGGUGAAAAGUUCGUGAGUAAAAGUAUUGAAUGAAGGUCGGAACUUCAGACAAAGUUAGAGUACCUUGCACUAAGAAUACAUAUUUUAAUGAAAGUGAAUAGUUAAA